CCUAGUUACAAAUAUGCCACUAAUUUCCAAAACAAGAUUCUUUGUCCACUUCCAAUUUACAGGCUAUUAUUAACGAAAGGAGCCAGACUAUAUCACUGGGUACACAAAAAAGCACACAACCAGUCAUUAUAAAAAAUGUUUUUAAUAAGGACACUAUAAUGAUACAAGUCCUGUGGCUGUAUAAUGGUGACAUUUUGAAAAGGGACAAUUUUUUAGGUAGAAAUGAAUGAUAAUGUAAUUUGAAGUCAUGAAACAAUAGUUUGAUGUGGUGAUUUGUACCUUGGUUAUGAUUUACCAUGUGACUAGAAACUCAGCAGCCAACAAUGGCGGACAAUGAGGUGCAAGUUCCUGAGUUGAAAUCAGGUGCUAGUGGCGAAAAUGGGUUCAAUGCUGAGAAUGUUAAGACUACAAACUAUGUAGUUGAUAGUGCGAACAAUGGUUCCGCUUAUCCAGUGUACACGAGUUGUAAUGAGGUUUAUGCUGCCAGUGUCUCAGAAAACUACACAACAAAUGUGCCAUACCAUCAGCUUAACAGUAUUACAGCAACUAACAGCUCAAACAAUCCACUGGAAUUAGCCUCUGCAGAAAACAUGGUGAAUUUCACUAUCCCACCAUCUUUGAUUUCCACAAGUGGUCAGUUAAGUAUGUUUAACUCCUCAGGUACUGGUUUGCUCCAUACAUUGGAAGAAAGAAAUCAUGUUUCUCAAGCCACCAUUGAUGGUGUGGACAUGCCAGCAUAUUGUUUGCCAUCAAGUUUUAAUUUUAUGCCAACUUCAGUUGCUGCAGUUUCAAGCUCUUCGCAUCCAUAUGUGUUCAGUGGUUUGAGUCAGAACUCUCUGUAUGUCUCAUCAGGUUUAAACUUUGAGAGUUCACCUUCUACUGGCAUUUAUGCAAAAUAUUCUGAACCAAUCAACUCGGAAGACAAUAUACAGUCACACCAAUUAAACCCGUCAGAUUUGGAAUGUAACCAACAGUCAAUGGAGACAUAUUCAUUGAAUACUUUAACUAAUGCUCAGUCAGAGAUACUAGCUCUAACCAGUCAAGGUGAACAUUCUGUUCCUGCAGAUGAACAAUUUGGAACUGCAACUCUUUCUGACAAUGCUUUCAGAAAUAAGAGUCCAAGUAUUGAAAGCAACCCUGAUGGAACAAGUAGUUCAGGGACAAUGUCAAAUUUUACAUACAUAAUGGACAGCAAGCAAUUGAAUAUGGAUGAGAUGAAUACACCAGAAAAUUAUUCAGGUUAUGUGGUUGAUUCCGUUUCAGACAGUGUGAACUCGUCAUACAUUGGCAAUGGUAUAUAUCCUUCAACUAACCACGAACAUAGUUCUAAUUAUAAUGCAAUUAAAUCACAGAGUGAUACUCAAAAUUUAGGACUAAAUGUUACAUAUGAAAAUGCAAACAAAGCUAUUAAAAUGACUUUUUCAGAAACUUUGGAGACAAAAUAUGAUACUGAAAUUAAAAAAGAACGUGCAAUAAAUGUCCCUGUAGAUGGCCCUUCUUUAAGAACAUGUAAAACCAAUGGAAAUACAAAUGACGGACAAAGUUUUGAAGCUAAUGAUUUGUUAAAAAAUGUGAUAGAACAGACUAUAGGUGGAGACCAAAUUGAUAUUGAGGGCAAAGGUUGUGUUAAUGAUACAAAACAUGUGCAAGAAAACAACAAACUUGGUUCCAUGAAGCUGGAACGUGAGUUUUCAAAUCAAAUUAUUGAUGGUUUUCAAGAAACCACUGUUGACAAAUUAAAAACAGUGAAUGAGUUUUCUAACAAGAAUGUUAAAGGUUUUCAAGAACACUUAAGUGACAGAAUUGAUACAGUUAAGCAGACAAAUGAAUCUCCCAAAGAAAAUGGUGAAGGUUUUCCAGGAAACUUUAGUGACAGAAUUGAUAGAGUAAAGCAGACUCAUAAAUCUUCAAAAGAAAAUUUGGAUGGUCUUCAAGACACCCUUGAAAGUGACUCUAAGGAGAAAAAGGGUGAAGAAAUUGUGAAGAUGAUAAAAGAAACUAUUAAGAAAGGGACUGAUGACAUUGAAAUUGAGGAAGUAAUAAGUGAAAAAAAUGAUAGAAAAAGGAGAAGGAAAAAUGCAUUACCAAGAAAGAACAUUCAAGGGAAGAAAACUCUAAAAUCUACAAAAUUUUCAGGUGUUAAAAAAAGGGGAAGACCAAGAAAGAUAAAAACAGAGAUGGCAGCAAUGACAAAAACAAAUAAAAAGAAAAUAGUAAACAAAGAUUCUGAUAAUGUGAAAAUUGGAAAAGGAAGAAAAAGGAAAAUAGCAAUUAUUGAGGAUGAAGGCCAUGAUGAUACAGAAGGUGUUCCUAAAUCAAAAGACAUGGAAGAGGCUGCUGAGCAAGGAAAGAAACUGAAACCGAAAAAGAAAAUGAGUAAACCACUUAAGAGAAAACCAGUCAAGCAAGAACAAGAUUAUUCGUCGGAAUCAGAUGAAGGUAGUGAUAUGGAUGAUAUAGACUUUAUGCUUGCACCAGUCAACAGAAAGAAAAUGAGCGAAAUGACAAAAGCUGAAAUGAAAGAGAUCGGUCUUGAUCAAAUCAAUGAGCUUAAAUAUAGAAAGAGGGCAAGGAGAAGGAUUUUUCCGAAAGAUUACCCACAUGAUUCGGCUGAAGAUGUAGAAAUGAUGAAUGUUAAGGAAGAGAUUGGCGAGAUUCAAGAGGAUGGGAGUUUUAAGAGGCCGAGGGCGAAGAAUUUUGUAUGCAAUAUUUGUGAGAAGAAAUACUCCAGGGCCAGUCGGUUGAUUGAGCACAUACGAUCUCACACAGGUGAGAGGCCUUUCCAAUGUGAGAUGUGUGGUGCUGCAUUUAGAGCUGCAAAAACGCUUGAACAACACAUGAAGGUUCACUCUGGGGUUAAACCGUUCCACUGUAAUGUCUGUGGUAACAGAUUCGCACAGGUUGGUAAUCUCCAGCGUCACAUGAGAACGCAUACAUCAGAAAGGCCAUUCCUGUGUACAUACUGUGGAUUUGCAUUCAAAGAGAAGAACCAUCUACAAGGCCACAUCAGAAUACACACUGGAGAGAAGCCAUACAAGUGUACAGAAUGUGACCAGAGCUUUGCUGUACUCAGUACUCUAAACUCUCAUGUUAGGACACACUCAGGUCUCCGCCCACACUCCUGCAAGUAUUGUGGAAAGAAGUUUGCCCGGAGGAACUCUCUCAUGGAGCAUGUCGGCUUACAUGAAGGUCAGCAUCAUCCCUGCCAGGACUGUGGCAAGAUAUUUCAUCAUGAGAGGGCAUUAAAGGCCCAUCUAAAGAUCCAUACAGAGGGCCGACCCUGGGAAUGCCCCCAGUGUAACAAGCGGUUCUCCCGGCGUCGUAACAUGAUCCGACACACCAGUGUUCAUAAUGGGGGUAUGCCCCUGCCAGGCCUGUCCAAGAAAACUCCAAAAAGAUCAACCAUUUAUCCAAGAGACUAUGAUCCCGAUGACUCACCACCAGCAACAACAGCAGCAGCGACAGCAACAACACUAUCAUCAUCAUUAGUGGUACCACCAACAUUGGCAGCAGUGGCAACAUCAGCAGAGAUAAGCAAAACCUUUAUUCCCAAUGUGACUCUUAAUAUACCACAACAUCAGCAGCAGCAACAACAUCAUCAUCAACAGAAUCUCCUGAUACAACCACAACUACCGGGCAUUUAUUCUUCUGCAUUAUCAGAUAGUAUGGACCUUAGUGCACAGAUAAAUAGCUAUCUUUAUGAUGGUCGGCAAAUUAUAAGUUCUGAAUCUCAACAGCAUCAGUUAAGCCAGUUUAGGCCUGAUCAGAUUUUAUAUCGACCUCAAAUACCGGGCCAAGGGGUGGAAUUACAACAGCCUGGUUUUCUUGGUCAUAAAGUCAAAGAAGGGAGUGAAAUUCAACAGCCAAGAUAUGGCUAUGGAUCAGAAAUCUGGGGAGUGUUUGAUAACUCUGUUGUAGAUGGUAGGGGUUUUAUGAGUGAGAUUAAAGAUUACAGUAAAGCUUGUGAUAGUAAUGGCUUGGAAAGUGAGCCGACUUAUAAGUCAGACACUGAAUUUAAGCCAGAACAGCUUUAUAAGCAAGAUGCCUCUUACAAGCAAGAUGCAGAUUACAAGCAAGAUACUGCUUAUAGCCAAGAUACUGCAUACAAGCAAGACUUGACUUACAAAAAUGAUGAUGUGUAUAAUGAUGAUUCAACUUACAAGAGUGUCGAUUCAUGUGAGGAAACCUUAAGGCACAAAGAAGAUCUUGCAUGCACUACUGACAUAUCUAAGCAUUCAGGUGAUGAAAAUUUUGAUAAAACAUUGAAUAUUCCUAAGAUUGACUGUUCUAUGAAAGCAAAUGAAAACGAACUGAAUUCUGAAGCCAAAAUUCAGGAGAGUGAUGUCACUUAUACAGAUGAUAUUCAGACUGAAGAAAUUAAGUUUAACAUAAAGAAGGUUGAUUCAGGAAAAGCAACAUUGAAAGAUGCAACUGCAAAGAAAAAGGUUGGAAGAAGAAAGAAACAAGGGAAGGAUAAAUCAAAAGGUAAAAAGAAGAAAGAUGCUGCUAAAGCAGUUAAAAAGGAGCCGGAAUAUGAUGGUUGUAGUAGUGGAAAUGAAACAGUGCUUAUGGAUUAUGAUUAUGAAACUGAGGAAGACUAUGAUGAAAAUGAUGAAAGUUCAGAAUCGGAUGAACAAUCAAAAAGCUCCAGUAAGGAGUCCCAUCUUGAGGAUGUUAGAAAAAAGGUGAAUAAAAAUAUUGCUGAUAAACUUGUGGUGAAAGCGAUUGCUAUGCAACAGUUAGUUGAUCUUAAGACUAGAAAACGAGCAAAGAAGAGAGUUUUUAAAAUCAAGCAGGAGUAUAAAAAUGAAAACCUUGUUAUUAAGUACGAGUCUAAAGACAGUGAUAUUAGGGAUCCGAAUGAGGAGGAUGUUGAAAAAUCAGGGACUAAAACAGUGAUAAAACGGCCGAGAGCAAGAAAUUUUGUUUGUGAAAUCUGCAACAAGAGGUACUCCAAAUCUGCACGGCUUGUGGAACACAUUCGUAUUCAUACAGGUGAAAGGCCGUACCAAUGUGAACUAUGUGGGUCUGCAUUCAGAGCCGAGAAAACUCUGGAGCAGCAUAUGAGGGUUCAUUCAGGGGAAAAACCAUUCAACUGUAAUGUGUGUGGAAACAAAUUUGCACAGGUCGGGAAUCUCCAGCGCCACAUGAGGACACACACCGCUGAGAGGCCCUUCCUCUGUACAUACUGUGGAUUUGCAUUCAAAGAGAAGAACCAUCUCCAGGGUCACAUGCGCAUACACACAGGAGAAAAACCAUUUAAAUGUACAGAGUGUGACAAGCAGUUUGCAGUUCUCAGCACGCUGAAUUCUCACUUGAAAACUCAUACCGGAGACAAACCAUUUGCUUGCGAGUUCUGUGACAAGAAAUUUGCCAGGCGUCGAGGGCUUACGGAACAUCUUAGAGUACAUACAGGUAACAAGCUGGUCUGCUCGACAUGUAACACCACGUUUACCCACAAGAGCUCCUACAACACACACAUCAAGACCCACGCAGAAGGCGGACGGCCGUUCACUUGUGAUAUUUGCGGCAAAACCUUUGCCAGGGAUCGUCACCUUCAGAAGCACAAAGAUACCCACAAUUCCAAUGGACGUCAUCGCUCCUCUACAAAGAAAUCCAAUAAUUUACCAGUAUUUCAACCCCCACUAGUCCCAAUGGCAAUACAUCCAGAACUGCAAAACUCCAAUCUGUCUCAAGAAAUGCCCCACCACAAUUUAUCGACUCCAGAACUUCAUCAAAUCGAUUUACAAUUGGACUUACAAAAUCAAAAUGAAUUACGGAAUCGAGAAUUACAAAAUGUUGCCGAAUUAAGGCAGCGGGACUUACAACGUGAGAUUCAAACUGUGGAGCUACGAUAUCGAGAAAUGCAAAAUGUCGAUAUGACAAGAAGCCGAGAUUUACAAGAAACCGAUAAAUCGUGUUCUAUGAACAGAACAGACCUACCAUUACCCCCUUCCCAGCAGUUCGGAGAUCCCUCUAUCAUGCCAAUGAUGCAUCCUCACCAUUUUGUGACAAAUUUGCCGCCACAUAUGGGCGAUACCCCCACCUGGUUUAGACCUUUUCAUUGAUAAUUGGGUUUCAUAGGACAGAUAUUUAUUAUUAUGGUUGUGUAUACUAAUGAACUUUAAUUCGUUUUGUGCAUUUUUUCCCUUAGUUUUCUACCAAUACAAUAUUUUAUGGUGAAUGUUAAAUUAUAACAAAGUAUGGUUGUGUGUACCCUUUGAUUUUGUGUGGACUUUCAUGUUUAGAAAUAGAAAUUAUAAAGAAAACUUUAUGAGCUAAGCAGCUUUAUAAAGUCAAUCCAAAGAAGGCUAGAAUUGUUUUGUUUACAAUGAAAUUUGAUAAGACGAUGUGUUUAGCUCUCCUGUUUUCUUUCAAAUUAAUGGUCACGGUAUUGUGAUAGCUUGUCGUAGUGCAUAACCUGUAUCUUUGGCAAUAAUUUAAAUUCAUUAUUUAAAUUGAACUUAUAAAGCAAGGCCCCGAACUAUGCUCUUAAUAGUUGUGUAGUUAUUCCCCUUGUUUUAUUGAAAAAAAAAACCCAGAUAUGGAAGUUGUAUGGCUUUGCAAUUGUUUAUAUAGCACAAGAGAGUGCCAUUAUUAACUUUUGGAGAUUCUACACAUAUUGAUGUAAAUUUUAUUAAAUUUUGCAUGCAUUUAGAUUGUUGAUACAUUGUUUACUAAUCGCUAAUUGUUAGAAUGAGUGGGAAAAGUUUAUGUCCGUUGUUAAAGUUUCACUAGUCAUAUGGUUUGAUUGGAGGUAAAGUUAUCGCACUGUCUGUGUGACAAUCCAUAAGAAUCAGUUUUUACUUCAUCAAUUUUAUUUAGAUUUCAUUCAAACUUCGCAGAAUUAUACAGCAACAUGUGAAGGUGUGUUGUGAAUAGAAUUGUUCACAUAAGUAUUGGUGCUCUCGCCUCUAAGGACAAGGUCACUCUGUCAAGGCAAAAUUAGGGGCAUUUGUCCUGUUCCUGUGACAGCUGGUGUUUUAUUGUACUACUGGUAUAUUUACGUUGCAUAAUAAAUAUGGGCUCAUUUAUCCAGUUACAGAAGCCUCCAUUUGGACAAAACCCAGUUCCUACACAAACACACAGGUGUUCUUAAAGAUACAAACUCACAGAUAUACUGUUUUUACAACUUUUUUACUUUUUUCUUGGAAAGAGCAAAUUUUUGCGUAAAUAUCUGCAAACCAAUGAUAAAGAUUGCUGACAAAAGAUCAGAUUGCAGAUUCUUAUAUUUCCGUUUGAAAAUUAAUGUUUUAUGACUUGAACCAUUACUAACGUUUUAAGAAAAAUGCAUAAAAAUCAAUUUUUAAACUUAAAUAUAAAAAUCUGCAAUCUAAUUUUUUGUCAGCAGUCUUAUAUAACUGGUUUCCAUGCAUUUUCACAAAAAUUAGCUCGUUCCAAGAGAAGAAAUUAAUAAGUUGUGAAAACGUUCAAUCUGUGAGAGCGCAGCUUUAAGUUCAAGAUUAACCCUUUAACCAGGACUGUGAGCCUAACAAAUGGCCUUGACCUUCAGACUAUCAUUCAUUUGUAAAGAUGUUUGUUUAUUGGUCACAGAUAUGCAUCAAAGACAUGAGGAAGUACCUUGAAAUGAAUAUAAAUAACUUUUGAAACAAUUUCAAAAUUGGUUUAAUGUAGUUCCUUGACAUAGAGGCCCAGCUGUUUUUCAGGCUUGAAAAUUAUCAACUGUUUGAAACCCUGCACACAUAUAUAAUGAACUGAACUUAUAGCAUACCUGAAUAACUCAUUUCCCUGUGAUUUUAUACAUUUUAUGAUUAAGAUAUAUAAAAAUUAUACUUCCUUCAUUAUUAUAUGUAUUUCUUUUAAUAAAUUGAAGAAAUGGGAAAAUAAAAAGCUUUUAAUCAGACAUGUAUGAACCCCUGCACACAUGAUGAACUGAACUGUUUAUAUAUGUUUAUAACUCAUUUUCCUGUGAUUUUACACAUUUUAUUAUUUAAUAAGAUAUAAAUACUUCGAUCAUUAUUAUAUGUAUUUUUUGUUUAUUAAAUUGAAUAAAUGGGAAAAUUAAAAAGCUUUAAAUGAAACAUGUUGUAGACAUAAUCAUACAUGUAGAUUGCUUGUUUUGCUGUAAAACUAGUUGUUAUUGAAAAAUAAUAAAAAGUACAUCCUAGUAUUGUAGGUUGAUAUGAACACAGUGCUAGCCAUGUGCUACCAUGUUCAGGAUAAAGAGGAUUAUUGUUUGAUUCAGUUUAAGAUUGUAAUAUAUUUCAAUGAUUGAGCACUUAAAGCUAUAUUUCACAUAGCAUUGCCAUUAAUAUGAAAAUAUCUCCUUUAAUGAUCUCGAAAUGAAAUAUAUUGCGAUCUUACACUGAAACAAAGAAGUUUUCUGUUAUUAAUUUAGGGAUGCAAACGAAUAUUCGAUCGAACGUUUGGUAUUCGAAUGUCAAAAUCUGUAUUCGAAUAUUCGAUGUUUUUGUUGAAUUAUUAAAUUAAUAA